ACCAGGGGAAAGAGACAUCCGGGGUUGGGGAAGUGUUAGGAGAGGAGAGUUAGCGUAGGAGGGAGGGAGACGGGCUGUCGGAGCAGCACACGGAGGGAUAAAGAAAGGGGAGUGAGAACCGAGAGGGAGACCGAAAGGGAAGGAUAGUGGGAGACAGAGAGAGACGGAGGAGACUUACAAGAAAGAGAAGAGAGGAGAGGAGAGACAGAGAAGAGGAGAAGGAGAGGAGGACUGGAGAGUGACUGUGGAGGAUGGUGUUUCUCUAUUCCAGAUACUUCUAAGAUUGGAGACUCUUUUGGUAGUGGGGAGACUCCGGGUCUGGCAGCGGCAAAGUAAAAUGUACAGCGAGAGACAGACGUUCUGGCCACCUCUCCGCGUCUCAGAGAUCCCGGAGCUGUUCUUCGGCCAACUCGUUUCUCAGCUGGAGUCUAUGAGCGCGCUGGACUACGAGAGCCCAGGGAGCGACUAGAAGCUCGCUGCCCCGCGGAGAUGCCUUCGCCUGAGCAGUAAGAACUUCCUGCUUGAGUCCCUGCAUCCGCUCCCUCCUGAAACUCCCCAGGACAGAGGGGAGGAAGACCCCAGGGGGAGGGGAGAGGGGGAUCCUGGCGCAGCUCUUUCUCCCCUCCCCUUCCCCGCCCGGCACGCAGGCAUGGAUCUGCUCAGCUUUGGACAGGGCAACAACACCACGUCGUCCCAGGGUCCCUUCGGGACACGCGGCAACGCUACUAACAUCUCCGACGUGACCUUCAGCUACCAAGUGAUCACUUCUCUGCUGCUGGGCACGCUCAUCUUCUGCGCGGUGCUGGGCAAUGCGUGCGUGGUGGCCGCCAUCGCCCUGGAGCGCUCCCUGCAGAACGUGGCGAAUUAUCUCAUAGGCUCACUGGCAGUCACCGACCUCAUGGUGUCGGUGCUGGUGCUGCCCAUGGCCGCAUUAUACCAGGUGCUCAACAAGUGGACUCUGGGACAGGUCACCUGUGACCUGUUCAUCGCCCUCGACGUGCUGUGUUGCACCUCGUCCAUUCUGCACCUGUGCGCCAUCGCGCUGGACAGGUACUGGGCUAUCACGGACCCCAUCGACUACGUGAACAAGAGGACGCCGCGGCGCGCCGCUGCGCUCAUCUCGCUCACUUGGCUCAUUGGCUUUCUCAUCUCCAUUCCGCCCAUGCUGGGCUGGCGCACUCCUGAAGACCGCUCGGACCCGGACGCAUGCACCAUCAGCAAGGACCAUGGUUAUACUAUUUACUCCACCUUUGGCGCCUUCUACAUCCCUCUGCUGCUCAUGCUGGUUCUCUACGGGCGCAUCUUCCGAGCCGCGCGCUUCCGCAUCCGCAAGACAGUCAAGAAGGUGGAAAAGAAAGGAGCCAACACCCGCCUUGGGGCGUCACGGACCCCGCAGCCCAAGAAGAGUGUAAAUGGCGAGCCGGGGAACAGAGACUGGAGGCAGGGCAUAGAGAACAAGGCAGCAGGGCCUCUGUGCGCCAACGGCGCCGUGAGGCAGGGCGAAGACGGCGCCGCCCUGGAGGUGAUCGAAGUGCACCGGGUGGGCAACUCCAAAGAGCACCUGCCGCUGCCUAGCGAGGCGGGUACUGUCCCCUGCGUCCCCGCCUCCUUCGAGAAGAAAAAUGAGCGCAACGCAGAGGCCAAGCGCAAGAUGGCCCUGGCCCGCGAGAGGAAGACGGUGAAGACGCUGGGCAUUAUUAUGGGCACCUUCAUCCUCUGCUGGUUGCCCUUCUUCAUCGUGGCCCUAGUUCUGCCCUUCUGCGAGAGCAGGUGCCACAUGCCCACCCUGUUGGGCGCCAUAAUCAACUGGCUGGGCUACUCCAACUCUCUUCUCAACCCGGUCAUUUACGCCUACUUCAACAAGGACUUCCAAAACGCGUUUAAGAAGAUCAUCAGGUGCAAGUUCUGCCGCCGAUGAUGACGGAGUAGCUGGCGAGUAGGCCCACCCCAUCCAGUCGGCCUCCCUCAGCCCUCUGCAAUCAAAACCUUUGCUAGUUUUCCUCUGACUUUCUCAGCUGCUUGGCCCGCUGCUUCCAGACCUCGUUCCCCCGCCCCCAGCCCUCAAUCCCCUGCGCGGAAGGAGGGCGCACUGUGCGAAGAGGUUCCAAAGGCGGGGCAAGAGAGUCUGGAAAACUACCCGGAUCUGUGACGUGCGACUGAGGCUCAAACUUUGGCCUCAGAAUCAGUUUUGAUCCCAGCAAUUGCUUCUUCCCUCUUCUGCCCCUUAAAUCUUCACGGCUGAAGUUUAAGCCUCAGCGGUC